GCUCAAAUAUAAAACAAAUUUUAAGAGGAACAAAUACUGAGCUACAAUGUGCGAAGCGGGCCGGGGCCGCCGCCACGAGGAGGUAACCGGCCUAAAUCGCAUUACCGAAGCGGGCCUCAGGGAAAUUUGCAAGCGGGAUAAAUUAUAUCAAACGCCACGCCUCAACGAUGUGCUCUACUUGCACUUUCAGGGCUAUCAGUGCAUAGAAAACCUUGAUGAAUACACGGAACUGAAGACCCUUUGGCUCGAGAGCAACGCCAUUUCGGAAAUACAAAACCUCACGAAGCUCACAAAACUCAAGUGUUUGUAUCUGCAGAAUAAUUUGAUAACCAAAAUCGAGAAUCUUGAAUGCAAUCGCGAUUUGGAUACCCUGAAUGUUAGCCAGAAUCACAUACGUAAAAUUGAGAAUAUUGGCACGGAAAUUCUGCCUGUGCUGAAUACCCUAAACAUUACCUCGAAUUAUCUGACGGACAGCGCCAGUUUGGCCUAUUUGGUCGAGUGCAAGACAUUGUCGGUGCUGGAUUUGGCCAACAAUCGCAUUGAUGACAUUUUGAUUGUGAAAAUAUUCGAACAAAUGCCCAACCUGAAGGUGCUAGUGCUGCAGGGUAAUCCCGUGGUCUCCCGACUGCCGCAGUAUCGCAAAACUUUGAUAUUGGCAUGUAAAGAGCUUACGUACCUGGAUAGUCGUCCUGUGUUUCCACGUGAUCGCGCCUGUGCCGAGGCCUGGAAACGCGAUGGCUACGAAGGCGAACGCAAGGAAAAUCAACGCUGGAUUCGUGCCGAGCGUCGCAAGACACGUGAAAGCGUCAACUGUACCAUACGCAUGCGCAAUAGUCAUUUGAAACCCGAAGACCAGGUGGCCCUACUCAAUUCCAGUGAUUCCGAGGAGGAGCAAAAGGGCAUUGCGAAUGCAGAAAAGACACGCAAGCGAGCCGAAAUGGAAUAUGGUUCGGUGGAUGCCAUGUGGGAUGAGGUUUCUGGUGAAAGUCAGGCCUCGGAGCACAGCAGCACAAGCUCCGCAUCGGCGGAGGAUAAUGAAAGUGUUGGCUCGCAGCAGGAUCACAUUGCCGAACGCAUCAGCAAUCGUCGUGUAAAGCCGCUGGAGGGCAGGCCCAAAGUGCUGUACGAUGAGGCAGUAACGGGCGAUGUUGAAAGCAUUGAGAAACUAGUCAAAAAUACGGAAGAAAAGGAACAGAAUAAUUUGGAUAGCUCAGAGUUAAAGCAGCAACCCGAAGGCAAGAGAAAUCUCAUAGAAGAAAUGGAUGGAAAUACAAAUGCUACGUUAGAUAAUCAGAAAGCUGAAUCUGUGGAGCCUGAAAGCAUAGACAAACCUUUCAACGAAGCUCUAAAGGAAAAUAACGUUCAGGAAUCCAAAGGAAAGAGAGUUCUUAUAGAAGAAAUUGAUAAGAAUUAUCCCAUAAAAGAACUUAAGCUCCAGCCUGUUGGGGGAAAGGAACAUUACGUAAGUAAGGAAGAAAUUAUGGCAACUGGGUUAAAGGAAAAGCCAGUGCAAAGCAAAGAAAUGUCUGAGGCAAUUAUGGAAUCAUGUGAGUCAGUGGCACAUUGCCAAAGCAACAGCGCCGUGGAGUCAAAACUUCUUCAAACCAACAGCGCCGCGGAGCCAUCUCUUCUUCAAUCAGACACCGACUCGAAGCCAGCGCUCCCUCAGUCAGAUACCACCUCAAAGCCGCCACUACUUCAAUCUGACAGCGAUUCAGAGCUGGAUAACAGCGCAGAUCUUGAGCAGACAUGUCAAGCACUGCUGCACGUGGCCGAAGGCAACAACGAUGGCGAGGAACCCACACCCAAGGAAGUAAAAUCCAAGCUCAUCGAUGAAAUGUACCACAGUUUUGGCUCGGAAAUAUUUGAUGAACUUUCUCUGCCCCUCGAUCAGUUGCUGAAUGAAAGCAACACACAAUACGAGCUGUCGGCCAAAGUGUGCUGCGAGGAGGAGACACCCGCCACAGCCAGGAAUCUCUAUAAGGAAUUUGUUGACGAGUUCUCGCUGCCCCCGAAAAGCAAAGAGCAGUUGGAAUGGGAACAGGAGUGCGCCGAUGCCAGUGAGAAAUGUGCGCACGACUUGGCCGAAAUGGGCAGCCACCUGGAUGAGGAUCUGCAAGAGUUGCUCGAUCAAGCAGAGAACAUAUGUGACAAUAUCCCCGAGCAAACAGAGUCUUCAGACGAGUCGGAUGAGGAGUUAAACGUGGCCGCGCUGGAGGCCAAGUCGGCAUUGCUAAGCGCACAGUUCCAGGAGCGCAGACAGCGACUCAAGGAGGCGAUGGAAGAGCGCAAGCAACUGCAGGAGAAACAAGAUGCCGCCAAGGCAGAACUGGCCAGUCUAAGCCAGCGCUACAGUCUCUUUGCCAAGGUCAUGGACGAUGCCACGGAUAAUGUGCCGAAGCGUGUGUUUGGCGCUGGCUCCGAUACACCCAGCCAGGAUUGGGAUAAGGAAGAGCGCAUGCGGCAGUUGCCACUCACCAGCAUGGAGGACGCCAUCAAAGAGCAACGCAAACCUUCUGCCAAUGCUGAGGAUGAUGAUGACGAUAUACUGACACGACCCGUGACGGAGCAAACCAGCGCUGAGGCCGCUGAGGAGAUUUGCGACAGGUUGAAUCGAAAACUGGCUGGCGAGGAGGAAACGCUGCGUCAGCUGCUCGCUGAGCUGGAAAAUGAAAAUGAGACUUUUUACAGCUUUGAUACGGAAAUCAAUUACGAACGGUCCUUCAGCUCGGAGGACGCGCAAUUGGAGAUGGAUUGUGCCGCGCUGCUCAACGAUCUGAUCAGUGAUGUCAUCUACAAAGAUAUCACGGAAAUGGGCCCCGACAGCUAUCCCCUGGGACCGUUUGAGUCCGACGACGAGAACACCUACUCGGAGGAGCCAAAGCUGGAGAAGCUGGUGCCGCCGCAUCUGGAGAAUCCAGCGGGGGGCAAGAGUCUGCGCGAAUGUGUGGACACGUUCAAGGAGUUCCUUGCGAACAAAUCGAACGAUAAUGCCCGACCUGUAUCCUCCACACACUUGGAGAAAAUACGUGCAGCCAAGGCGUUGCUGCUGUCCAAGAGCCUGGGGGAUUUCAGCAAGGACACGCCCGAAAGUUUGGACGCCCAAUUGGCCAAGGAUGAGGAAAAUCGCAAGCGACAUGCGGCUGCCUCGGCGGGACACUGCUACGCCAAGCGAGAGAAGUACGAUGACACUUUGGAGGUCGUCGACAAUCGUCUGAUGGUUGUCAAGAAGGACACUGGUGAGCUGGAGGAGCUGCCACCGCCACCAGAACUGGUCAGUGACUCGGAGGAGGAGGAGGAUGACGACGAUGCCUACGACACUGCAGACGAUGAGACGAACCAAAGUAUUCCACGCACCCCCUGGAACACACCGUACGAGCCAAAGCCACGCAAAUCUGCCGAGCAUUUGGUCGACGAAGCCAUGAAACGCUGUCUGGCUGAACAACUCGAGGAAUUUCCCGAUGACACAAAGGAAAAUGAAUCGCUGGAGGAGGAGUUCUUUUCGCCGCAGGCCAAGCAAACAUUUGGCAAUCUCGAUUUAGAGUUCUUUGAAAAAUUGGAUCUCGAUAAGGUGACGACGGCGAACAAUGCGGAGGCUGCCACCGAAUGUAUGCGCAGCUACAAUGAGCUGAAGGCUUGCAUGAAGUCGGGCGCCACGGAGCUGCAGUUGACCAGCGAGGAGAACGAAAUGCUGGAGGAGAUGCUGUCCACUAAUGAAGAUCUCGAGGCCAGGGCCAAGUCCAGCGAUCCGGAGUUGGAGCGGGAAAACGAAUUGUUGAACAAAAUGAUGCAACGCAUGAAGGAGGACGAGGAGCAGGCACGUGAGUUGCAGAAACAAGAGGAGGCAGCUCUGCUGCAGCGGAGGCAGGAGGAGGACUCAAAGCCCAUACAACUUUCCUUGGGUGCGGGAUCCACGCUGUUUCAGCGUUGGAAUCCUAUGUCCAUUGAGCAAGAAGAUGAUGGUGCAAAUGGAGAAGAAGGAGCUGCACAGGGAGAAGGAUUUCCAAAAGAAAAAGAAGAAUCUGCACAGGCAGCAAAAACAGCUCGCCAAGUAGAAGAUGUUCCUCCAGCAGAUGGUCAAAUUCCAGAAGGAGCACAAAGAGUGCCCCAAGCCACAGAAAGAUAUCCACAACGUGUGUCAAUGCCCCCAGUCAUUGGUUACGAGGAUAUUGAUGAGGAUGGGGCUCCAUCCGAUGUCACAACAGAUUAUUCAUCCGACGAGGAGUUGGCCGUUGUUGAGCCACCAAAAAUCCCAACCGAAAUGCUUAAAGCUUACUACUACGAGGGCUUCGAAGAGGACAUGCGUAUGGUGCGUGAGAACGAGGUCAAAGCACGUCGCGGACUGCGCAAAAUAAUUCAAAAGGAAAAGCAAUUGUUGCAGCAUAAUGAACUAGAAAUGGAAGCGCAGCAAGAGAAGCUUCCACAAGUAAAGUCUGAGACAGAAACGCUGGACAAGCCGUUGGUGGAAACGGCCAAGGAUAAGUGGGCCAAAAUAGCGUCCAGAUUGAAUGAAUUUCUGGAUCCUGAGGCCAUGGCGCAGCUGCAAAGUCACGAAUACGGCGAAAGUGAUAGCGAGGAAGAUGAUGAUAUUAUGGAAGAUGUUGCGGGCUUGGAUAAUUUUGAUGAAGAUUCAGAGACGCACUUAGGCGGUGCUGUGGGAGGAACUUCAGAAGAAGAAAAAGCUGCAAUCACUGAGCCAAAGAUUGGCCUGGAAACCUCUCCCAAAGAUUACUCCGACGUUUCAGAAUUACUUGAGCAAAUGAGUAGAUUGGAAAUCGCUCCCGAAGAAACCUUUGGCAUUGGGGAUUCAGAGAAGAAAAAACCAAUUACUGAAUAUCAAAUAGCAAUCCCAGAUGAUUCUAAUAUAAGUGAUGGACCCACAGAGAAGCUGCUUAAGGAAAGCGAUAAUGAAAAGGAUAUAAAUGCCAUUGGAACACAAGAAAACACAGCAGAAACUGCAGAGAGCACAACUAAUUUAACCAACAAAAAGACAACCACAAAAUUUGUAAACUUAGACAACUUCUCGGACACUGAACCCUCCGAGUCACGAGUGGACUCCAAAGCUACUGAAGCCACAGAAAACUCAAACCAAGCCACGCUCAAAACCGAACAAAUGGAAUUUCAGGUGGAUGUUCUAAGCGAUGAUGGCGAUGUAGUCAAAGAAGUCACCGUGGAGGCACAAGUGACUUACCAAUAGCAGCUUUCACCAGUUAUUUUUUCUUAGUUUUAAUUAAUCGUAAAGUGCAUAUUAAAUUGUAGCACUUCCUGUAAAUAAAUGAGAAUUC